UCGUGGCUCGUCGCUCCAAAAGAAGGGUAUAAGAAACGUCGUGGUGUCGCAUCAGUUGUGCAAGGAAAUGGCGGAGGUGGAGCCCGUUCGCCCGUCAGCACGCUAAUCAUGAAUGAAGGCUGCUACCUCGAGCGAAGAUUUAGCCGCGAAACGAGCCAGACUUCGAAAAGACCGUGCACGUAGAGUUGGGAGAUAGAACAUUAAUGAUCAGGAACAACCAUGAACGAAGUGAGUAGCGGUAAACAGGAGAUCGCCAGCACGUCGGCCUGGGACAAUAUGAUGAACCCACCGGUGAGUACGUUGCCGACGAUGCAUCAUCUGAACCCGGUACCCCAUCAGAGCCAGGAGACGAUUCCCGCAGCUGCGAUUACGCAAGUUAUUGUGCCUACGCCCGUCAAGCUGCAGCCACCUAUGGUGCUCCCUUCACCGCCCAUCGUCGGGGAACAUCUCAAUGUUAUACCACACGUGCAACAGCCCAUCAUUGUCCAGGGUCCUGCACCACCCGGUUUUGUAGAACCAGAUUUGCCCGUUGAAUUGCAGCAGCAGGGCUGGAAAAAGUUUUGGAGCAAGAGAGAAAACAGACCAUACUUUUGGAACAAGUUGACCGGAGAGUCAUUGUGGGUAAUGCCGCCUCUAAAACCACAGUUUGAUCCUAUUACGGAUCCUUUGGGUAUUGGUGUACCUUCGGUACCUGGAAAUGGACUAGUCCCUCCUGGGACACCGGGAGGUCCACUCAAACGCAGAGCAUCAGAAGAUGGAAAUGCAUUACCUCCACAGAAAAAAUUUAUCUUGGCGGGACCAUGGGACAUAGAGAUACCUACAAAUGUUAUUAUUUACGAAAGAGCACCUACCACGCUUUUUCACGUACAUCCGGAUGUUGAAGCACUCCGAUGCGGCUUGCUCGCCAAAUUGAGGCAAUGUUAUCAAGAACUUUGCCACACUAGAGAAUCCAUCGAUGCUCCAAAAGACUCUUUCAAUCGUUGGCUUAUGGAACGUAAAGUGAUCGAUUGUGGAUCGGAUCCUCUACUCCCUAGUCAAUGUUUCCCCGAAAUAUCCCAAUCGAUGUAUCGCGAAAUCAUGAACGACAUACCGAUUAAACUCAUAAGGCCCAAAUUCACGGGUGACGCGCGUAAACAGUUGUCCCGGUACGCGGAAGCUGCAAAAAAAGUGAUAGAGUCGAGGGACGCCUCGCCAGACAGUAGAAAGGUCGUUAAAUGGAACGCAGAGGACACGUUUCAGUGGUUGAGGAAAACCGUUGGUGCGACGUUUGACGAUUUUCAAGAUAGACUCGCGCAUCUGAAACGACAGUGUCAGCCACAUUUGACAGAAACUGUCAAAGCUAGCGUUGAGGGAAUAUGUUUGAAAAUAUACAACUUGUCGGCAGAAUACGCGAAAAAAGUAAAAGACAAGAAUGCUCAGUUACUUAAAGACAACAAUCUGGCGGACGCCAUUCCCGCAGGUGGACCAGCUAGUACGCAAAGAAAAGUAUGGUGCUACCCAAUACAAUUCUCUCUUCCAACCCCAAGACUUCCACAGAUUGAAUAUUUGCCAGAGAGAGAACAGACGAUGCUACGCUUCCACGGUGACACAGUAUGUAUCAACAAUACACACUUGGCCAAACUCGAGCAUCUUUACAGACAUAAUUGUUUCGACGACCGCAAAUUUGAGAUGUUUCUGCCGCGUGUUUGGUGCAUGCUUAAACGCUAUCAGACGUAUUUAGGCAGCACGGAGAGCCUAUCAACGCAGAUGGCACUUCCCGUGACGGUGUUUGAGUGCCUUCAGCGGUCCUUUGGGGUGAGCUUCGAGUGUUUCGCGUCGCCGCUUAACUGUUACUUCCGACAGUACUGCUCAGCCUUUGCUGAUACUGAUUCGUACUUCGGCUCGAGAGGUCCAUUCUUGGACUUUAGGCCAAUCAGCGGAAGUUUUCAGGCUAACCCACCUUAUUGCGAAGAAUUAAUGGAAGCAAUGGUUAAUCAGUUUGAAAGACUCCUUGCUGAUUCAACUGAACCAUUAUCGUUUGUCAUAUUUUUGCCUGAAUGGAGAGAUCCAGCCCCAAAUGCGCUAAUUAAACUAGAAGGUAGUCACUUUAAGCGAAAACAAGUCGUUGUACCAGCUAUGGAGCACGAGUACAGGCAUGGCUUUCAACACGUUCUUCCAAAAGGUGAGGUGAAUAUCAGGGCAAUUUAUGGCACUCUCAUCGUCUGGAUGCAAAAUCCAGCAGGUUUUGCACGCUGGGGGCCAACCGAAGAGCGUGUAGAAGCUCUCCUAGAAGCUUGGCGCCCAGGUCGCGAGCGCGAACGUGAUCGUCAGGAGCUGUUGUCUCCUCCAAGACAAUCCGUACCUCUGCAGACGCCAGUUCAACAGCCAGCCUCGGCUAUGGCCACAGUACCACCUUUGACCGCAACGGUGCUACCGAUGACACCUAGCUUACCAGUGCCUACGACCAGCACCAAUCCAGUGGUAUCUACCAUCACUCCUGCGACGCCCAACAACGUCACCACGACGAUAACAACGCCGCCGACGAUCGUCAGUUCGCAUACCAUUUGAGACGAGAACUUGUUGACGUGCUCCAAGCCGUUGACGACGACUUCUCUGAAUAAAAAUGCCUAAAGGUCCCGCGAUGAUUUACACUGGACUAUUAUAUGUAAGGCACUAUUUUUAGUUUCACGUACGAGCGGAAAUUGGCUUUUGAUGACUAUGAGAUUGAUGUUUAUUUCAGUAAAUGAUCGACUUAGUUUCAGUUGAAGGCGCUCGUGAGGCUUUUUUAAUUUUUAUUAAUUUUUCUCCAACAUAUUGUGCUGGAAGAACUUUCCAAACUAUUGUAAGUGUGAUCACUUUGGAUAGUUUUCGGAACGAUAGUUUUUGCGAGAGUUUAAUAUUUUUAAUGAUGCCCGAUUUAACGGUACAACCUUUCUUUCGAUAUUUGAUAAAUGAAGUCAUCAAAGAUAAAUAAAAAAUGAAAUAUUUUGAUCAUUAUUCUCGUUAUCUACUCGAAAUAAUCAUGGGACUUUUAUUAUUGUAAAAUUAUAUUGUUUUAUUAAUGAAUGAAAACGACAAAAAUACCUUUCUAUUACAAAUAAUGAUUGUGUACAUUUGAUAUUAAAUUACAAUAAAAUGUUGUAAUUAAAAAAUCGUCUAUAAAUAAUUGUUGAAGAAUAUUCGUAAUAAUGAACCAAAAUUUUUGGACAAGUACGUUAAGUUUCAUUACAAAAUAAGUUAAACUCAAUAUUUUAAAAGAAGUUGAGAAAUUAUAUUUCUUUACUCUCGUAUUUUUAAAGAGUGAAUGCAUUUUUUUUAACGUAACUGACAUAGAGAAAUUAAGCAGAUUAAUCUAUUUAUGGUAUGAAUUAUUAAUGAUAAAAUUAUUUUAUUUCUUUAGGAAGAUUAGUGAGCUCAAAAAUAAAAUAACUUUAUGGCGAUAUUCUAACAAUGGCUCAUUGUUUUUUAUAUAAAACACAAAAAAUGAAAAUUAAUUCAGUUGUUUAACGUGGAAUGUUCUAUAUACAUACUAGCACAAAACUUUUAGGUAGUCUCAAAGUAACGCAUGUGUAAAUAGUGCAGAAUUACAUUUAGAUAAGAGCUUUUACUUAUUUAAUGUAUUAAUUUUAUCAAGAUUACACGUGUCAAAACGUUGCUUUAAAAGCAAAAUUGAAUUUUUUAAGAAUAUUUUAUCUGUAGGUAUAAAAAAAAAAAAAAGAGGAUUUAUAUUGAAACUUAUAGGUGAAAAUUUCUGAUUUUGUACAUUUUUAAUUGAAUAACAUGUAAAUAAGAAAAAAAUUAAGUGUACAUAUGAAAUAUAUGCAUUGUACCAAAAUCAUAUUUUUUUCCGCAAUACUUAUGAUUUUUCAUUUUGAUAUUUUUCGUGAAACGAAACUGAAGACUACAAUUUACUUUGCAUUGUUCAAUUUUCAUAUCACGUAGAUUUUUUAAUUUACCAAGAAAACUUUUAUGUAAUAGAAUAAACAGAUAAAAGUUACGAUAAAAAAGAUUUUCAAAGCAAUAAAUUAUAUUAAUAUUUUGAUAAACUU